ACUCUCAGUUUCAUUUUGACUCUCGAGCCGUUCUGCACGGCCGCAUCUAUCGCACCGUGAAGGCAGAGAGAUAGGCAAGAAAAGCAAGAUUCAAAACAAUCAUAUUUUUAUCUCUUGCCACUUGACGACCGGUAAAAGUUUGUCUCAAUUGGUACCGAACGUGCUACGUGGAACUGCGAUUCCAAAGAACGACGGAAGAUUCGGAGCAACGGGACUCAUAUGAUUAACCAUGUAUAGAACGAUCAGCAGGAAGUACCAUAGCACAAAAGGAAUAUUUGGAUUUAAACCAAAACCACAAAAAGAAUUUCAGCUGGACAAGCAAAUUGUUGACGCUCGGGUGAAAAAUAGUAAUGUGUUCCGCUGGGUAGAGGCCUACCGCAACCAUGGCCACCGGACAGCAUUUAUCGAUCCGGUGCGAUUCCGCCAACCGGUUGAAACCGAUAUUUCCAUACUCAAUCCUGCCCGCUAUGGUCUAUUUGCCAGCGAUCAAAUUGACCCGUUCGGUAUUGUCCAUUCGAAUGGUUCUUCAGCGAUUACCAUGGAUCGAUUAGAAGACUGGCUGAAAGAGAUUUACUGCGGAACGUCCAGCAUCGAAUUGGCAUUCAUUGAAGACGAACACGAACGAGAAUGGUUGAUUGAAAAUUACGAACGAUUGUUUCACUCAAGCUUGGAAACUUCGGAUAGAAAAGAAAUUGCCGAACUGCUUCUCAAAUCGCAAGCCUUCGAUAACUUUCUAGCGACCAAGUUUCCCUCGGUUAAACGAUACGGCGGUGAAGGAGCGGAAUCCAUAAUGGCCUUCUAUCGACAGUUGUUCAUCUGUGCAGCAGAAUCCGAUCUGAAGAACAUCGUCGUUGGCAUGCCACACCGAGGAAAGUUGAACGCGUUAACCUUACUGUUUCAGACGCGUCCUGCGAAGAUAUUUCGGAAAUUCAAGGGCCUUCCGGAGUUUCCACCAGAUGCAAAAGCGAUGUGUGAUAUCGCAAGCCACUUUCAAGUUGCAACAAACCUGCAGAUCCGCGAUAAAAUGAUACACCUCAACGUGCUUCAAAACCCAUCCCACCUAGAAGCUGUCAACCCAGUGUCGAUGGGAAAAACGCGAGCAAAACAGCUUGCUUUGCGAGAUGGUCCAUAUAACGACCAGGAAACGCCUACUACCUCCACGGUAUUAAACAUCCAACUGCACGGGGAUGCCGCCUUCGUUGGUCAGGGCAUCAACCAGGAAUGUUUGAUGAUGGCAGCCGUGCCACACUUCGAUGUCGGUGGUUCAAUCCAUAUGAUCGUGAACAACCAGGUCGGCUUCACGACUCCAGGUGAUCGAGGACGGGGUACGCGUUACGCUUCGGACCUUGCAAAAAGCAUCAUGGCGCCUGUACUUCACGUUAACGGGGAUGAUCCGGAAGCAUUGUCCAAAGUUACCCAGUUGGCUUUCGGUUAUCAGCAAAAGUUCGGUAAAGAUAUUUUCAUCGAUUUGAACUGCUAUCGACGGUGGGGUCAUAACGAGCUGGAUGAUCCAACGUUUACCAACCCGCUCCUGUACAACGUUAUCCACAAUCGAAGCUCAGUACCGGACCUGUACGCUCGUAAAUUGUUGGAAUCGGGAGAAAUGAGUCAGAGUGAUGUUGAAAGUGUCGUUAAAAAUCACAUGGAAUAUCUGAACGCAGAGUUACAAAGUUUGAGCGAGUAUCAGCCGGAAAAGAAUUAUUUCGAGCAACAAUGGAAAGAAAUACAGCAGGCAAGUAACGAGAUCACUACCUGGGAUACUGGUGUAGACUACAGUUUGCUCAGCCUGAUUGGAAGAACCAGUGUAACAUGUCCGGCGGGUUUUGCAUUACAUCCGCAUCUCCGGAAGCAUCACGUAGAAGCUCGAUUGAAAAGGAUUUCGGAAGGAACGCGUAUCGAUUGGGCUACCGCAGAAGCUAUGGCCAUCGGAAGUCUUAUGUAUCAGGGCUUUAAUGUGCGCAUUAGUGGCGAAGAUAUCGGUAGGGGUACGUUUUCUCAGCGGCACGCAAUGUUUGUGGAUCAAAGCACAAACGAAAUUUACGUUCCGUUGAAUGAUCUGGAGGGCGGAUCGGGAGGAAAACUUGAACUUGCCAAUAGCAUACUGUCCGAAGAGGCGGUACUGGGGUUCGAGUAUGGAAUGGCUAUCGAUAAUCCGAACAAUUUGAUCAUAUGGGAAUCCCAAUUCGGUGAUUUCUUCAAUGGAGCUCAAAUUAUAAUCGAUACGUACUUGGUGAGUGGUGAAACGAAAUGGAUGGUCUGUAACGGAUUAGUGAUGCUAUUACCUCAUGGCUUCGAUGGUGCUGCAUCCGAGCACAGUUCCUGUCGUAUGGAACGAUUUCUUCAGAUGACUGAUUCCAAAGAAUGUGUCCCGGAUGGGGAUGACGUUAAUUUUCAGGUCAUUAACCCAUCAACACCUGCUCAGUAUUUCCACGCAUUGCGCCGUCAAAUGAUUCGCAACUUCCGAAAACCACUGGUAGUGGUAGCACCGAAAACAUUGCUUCGUCUGUCGGAGUGUGUCUCCACUCAUGCAGAUAUUGCUCCCGGGACAUACUUCCAACCCGUGAUUGGGGAUUAUCUGGUGUCGGAUCCUAAAAAAGUGAAACGAGUUAUCCUCUGCAGUGGCAAACACUACUACAAUCUUUACAACGAACGGUUGGCGACCAAGAACAAAGAAGUGGCGAUUGUACGAUUGGAAUCACUCUGCCCCUUUCCAGUGCUGGGAAUCCAAGAUGAACUAGCAAAAUACAGCAAUGCUCGAGAGUUCAUUUGGAGCCAGGAAGAACACCGCAAUAUGGGAGCGUGGAACUUUGUUCAUCCAAGGUUUGAAAAUAUGUGCGGGAAGAGGAUCAAUUAUAGGGGGCGUUAUGAAGGAGCAACAAUUGCCGUUGGAGUGAGCACAUGGCACGCAAAAGAAGCCGAGCAAGUAGUCAAGUCUGCCUUCCAGUGAAACAGGAUUGGAAAACGUUGUUGCUACCAUGGCAAUCCAUUAUUGUGAAAUGUAAAUAAAAAUCGGUUAAUUCCA